CUGAACGGCUAGCUAGUGACCUGCAGCAGGAGAGUUCAUUCUCAACACCUCUCUGGAAUUUCAAUUCAAUCGUCCAGGUUCGAGAGAUUGGUGAUUGAUUUUUACUGACUUUUGGAUCGGGGCCCUGAUCACAGGAGGUUCAGGAUGAAUAAGCUACGGCAGAGUUUCCGGCGGAAGAAAGUCGUGUACGUUCCUGAGUCUAGCCGACCACACCAGUGGCAGACGGAUGAGGAGGCGGUCCGCAGCGGCAAGUGCAGCUUCGCAGUCAAGUACCUGGGUCAUGUAGAGGUGGAGGAGUCCAGAGGAAUGCACAUCUGUGAGGAUGCAGUGAAGCGUCUGAAGACGGACAGUAAAUUCUUCAAAGGCUUCUUUACAAAAGCAGGGAAGAAGGCAGUGAGAGCAGUGCUGUGGGUCUCGGCAGAUGGUCUCCGUGUAGUAGACGACAAAACUAAGGACCUGAUCCUAGACCAGACCAUAGAGAAAGUAUCGUUCUGCGCUCCGGACAGGAACUUUGAGAGAGCCUUCUCCUACAUCUGUAGAGAUGGAACUACUAGACGUUGGAUCUGCCACUGCUUCAUGGCUAUCAAGGACUCGGGUGAGCGUCUGAGCCAUGCGGUGGGCUGUGCCUUCGCUGCCUGUCUGGAGAGGAAACAGAAGCGAGAGAAGGAGUGUGGCGUCACGGCAACCUUCGACGCCAACAGAACCACCUUCACCAGGGAGGGCUCGUUCCGAGUUACCACGGCAACAGAAGCUGCGGAGCGAGAAGAGGUCAUGAGGCAGUUACAGGACAAGAAAGCGGAGAGCGAUGUCAAGUCUGCAAUGCCUCUCUCCUCGGGCCCCAGUGUGGGUGUGGUGAACCAGGCUGUGGCCCCUCUACCAGGGUCCCCCUCCUCCUCCCCUCCCCUGGGCCUCCAGGUUAUCCCCCGCAGACACGCCCCAGUGGAGGCCCUGGCCAGACAGAGUUCCUUCAGAGGGUUCCCUGCACUCAACAACAACUCCUCUCCCUUCAAACGGCAGCUGUCCCUCAGGAUGAACGAUCUGCCCUCUACCCUGCAGAGGAAGUCUGACUUCCCCAUGAAGAACACGGUCCAGGAGAUGGAGGGAGAGGGGGACAGCAUCAGCUCGCUGUGUACCCAGAUCACCUCAGCCUUCAGUGGGCCUCCUGAAGACCCCUUCUCCCAGGCCCCAAUGCCCCGACCAGCCUCCUCCCCACAGUCACCUGUAGCGCCCCCUGGGGCUCAGCCGGUGAACGGUACCGGUCCUGCCUUCCCCGCCGCUGCUGCUGCUAACUCUCCAGUACUGCCCCCUCCACUGCCUGCUCGAGACACUAACCCCUGGGCCAAGACCCCAGGCCCCCACUGCCAAGCAGGGCAACAUACCUCGGCCUCCUCCUCCGCACACCCAGGAGGUGAUUGGACAACAACCCCUGUGAUUGUAGCUCCUCCCACCACCACGGCAUCCCCGUUGCACCACUCCCACCGGCGCACGCCGUCAGAGGCUGACCGCUGGCUUGAGGAGGUCACCAAGUCUAUCUGCGCUCUGCAGCCCGCGUCCACACCCCCCUUCCAACCGUUCCUCACCCCCAACCCCCCAGCCCCAGCCUUCUCCACCACCCCAACCCAGGCUUUCGCUGUCCCCUCACCCGCUGCCCAGGCGUUCUCAACCACACAACCCCCAGCCCAGCCCUUCUCUGCCCCCAUGACUGUGCCAUCGGUUGCCCCUGUGGCCUUCAUGUCCUCCCUGCCCCCUCGCCAGCCUGCCUACCCCAUGUCCAACGGGCUGCCCUAUGCCCACCCAAGUGUGCCCGUGGUGGGCAUAACCUCCUCUCAGAUGGUAGCCAAUUUGAUUGGUUCAGCCCCCCAGCCCCAGCCGUACCCCGUCCCCCAGUAUGAUCCUGCUCAGCACACCGUGGGUAUCCCUUACAAGAACCCCCACCAGCAGCCCUCUAUGCCCCUCCCCGUCCCCCUCCAGCCGCCCAAUGGGAGUGUAGCCUUCAACGGGGGCGGAGCCGACAGCUGGGCCCCUCCCUUCCUGCCCCCUCAGUCCGCCCCGGCCCCUCCCCUGCCCUCACAGCUCCAGCCUGCGGCCGACCCCUUCGAGGCCAAGUGGGCCGCCCUGGAGAGCCGGUCCCGUCAACGCACCACGCCGUCACCCACUAACCCCUUCUCCUCCGAGCUGCACACAACCUUUGAGAUUCAGCUCUAGAGACUGGGAGGAGGAGGAGGAGGAGGAGGAGGAAGAGGAGGAGGAGGAGGCUGUUCUGUUGAUUGUGCAGGUUGGUGAGAGACAGGAGAUAGGAGCAGAUAUAGCCUGGUCUGGCUUAGUGGAGGACCUGAGUGAGGGAGGAGGGAGGAGGGUGGCUAUGGAUGGGUGAAGCUGCUGGCAGCGGUGAGAGGUCAUGGAGAGAUGGAAGUAUUGAGGUGCAGCUGCUUACCAGGCAUGUCAUGUGUAUUGUGGGUUUAGUUGCUUUGGAUGGACAUGAUGACCCUGUGUAGUGGUGAAGCUGCCCACCCAACAUCAAACCCAGCCCCAACCAGCCACCCAGCCCCACCCAGCCCCAACCAGCCACCCAGCC